AUGGCGACAGAAAAGAGCGGGAGCUGUCUCACGCGCGUUGGGAUUAGUGGGCUCAGGUGGCUCUUCUUGGCCGCGGUGCUGCUCUACCUGGUCGGGCACAGCUCAGAGAAGAAGCUGCUCAAACUGGCCCUGGCAGCCGGGCUGGCGGGGGGCACGACGUUCAUCCCGAUCCCGCUGCCACUCCGCAAGGACGUCUAUACGCCGAAGCUUGUGCCCAUAGCGCAGAUGUACCCUGUGCCGUACCCGGUGUACACCCACGAGCACGUGCACCACGACUCCAAGCACGAACAUAUCAACCACGGGACGAAGCACGAGCACGAGCCCAAGAGUAAAGUCGUUGUCCUCAAAGGAGACCACGGAGGCCACGGAGGAGGCUACGGGGGCUACGACGGCGAUGACUAUCGGUGA